UUUGCGGUAGGCACAACUGUAGCACGCAGUAGCAGCACGCGAGCGGCGCACUACAUCAAGCUAGUAAACAACAGCGCGUCUGCGAGAUAAGAUCUCACUAGAUGCAUGGUGGAUUGAGUAUCUGAGAUUUUAGCAGAAGACGCUGGACCAUAUGUUCAGAGAGCGGGAUUUUGCAUUCUACGUCCAACAACAUUGACUGGAAUCCCUCUGACAGCUCAUUGAAGUGCCUGCUUUCUUCUGCUGCCAUGGCUUCCACACCGCCUCCUCUCAUGAAGAAGCACAGUCAGACUGAUCUUGUGAGUCGCCUCAAGUCCCGCAAGGUCCUGGGUGUUGGCGGGGAGGAUGAUGAUGGAGAGGUGCACAGGUCAAAGAUCAGUCAGAUGUUGGGUAAUGAGAUGAAGUUUGCUGUACGUGAGCCCAUUGGUCUUCGGGUUUGGCUUCUCAUCUCUGCAGUGCUUUUCACAUCCACAUCCUUAAUGGCCCUGGCUUUUCCCAGUUGGCUCUGCGAAUUAAUAUUUGAGAUCACCACCACCAGGAUCUCCAUCAGACUCUAUGGGGGAGCUCUUCUAUGUAUCUCAUUAAUUCUGUGGAAUGGCUUGUACACAGCGGAAAAGGUCAUCAUUCAAUGGACACUACUUACAGAAGCAUGUUACUUCGGGGUACAAUUUCUAGUGACGUCCAUCACCCUCUUGGAGAUGGGCACAUUAUCCAACGGUGCAAUCGUUCUUCUUCUCAGUGAAACCUUCUUCCUCUUCAUCACCUUGAGUUACUAUCAUCACCUCGGCCGGCGCACCAAAAAGAUCUGAGGGAGGCCAGCUAUUUGUUAAAUGGGUAGAUUGGCAGCACAUAAUGCUUUGAAUACAUUAGCACCUCUAUCUGGACCAAAUGAAUUUACUCUUAAAAUCAACCUCUGUUUGUGGGCAAUUUCCAUUUUUUUAGCACAUUAUUUUGGUCUUUACUUUCAUUAGAUACAGAAGGCUACAGAUCAUGAGUGUUGUUUUUAUGUUACAUUACCUACAGAGGGUAUACUUUUCUGACAGCUCACUUUUUUGUAAAAGCUUUUUCUGAGAUUUUUUUGUAUGGAGGGUAGAUUUACGGCACAUGUGUAUGCCAGAGAAUCCCAAAUGUGUCAAAUUAUUUUGGGAAGAUGCCUGUAAUUCAGGUCAUAUUAUGUAAUAGUUUAGUGAACUUCCAGUAUGUGGCGUGUUAUUCUAUGGUAAGAAUUUAGUUUUAAAAUGGUACUGGUUUUAAUUGCCAGGCACAAUAUACACAGCAUGGCACAGUGGUCAACAACAUACUGCAAGACAAAGGGUAAUACAACAAAUAGCAUUAAAUAAACAAAUACAUAAGUAGUUUUUUUUAUACAUUACAGAAAUAGGAUUGUUAUAUUUACUUGUAGUUACUAACAUUGCAAAGUGAAGACUUUGCAAAUAAAUUCCUUUUAGAUUUAUGGUUCCCAACAGUAUAUUAUGUGAAAUAAAAAUAACAGAUCUAGUAUUAAAUGCCAUUUAAUGUGUGUAUUUUCAAAAGUACCUUAUUAACUUCAUAAGAUUGUCAAAUACAGCUUUGUUUGACUUCACACAAAGAAAUUCUGCCCAUUUCAAUUCAAAUGUAACAUUUUGCUGCUUUACAUACCUAAUGAACAUUUACACAACAGUUACUAAAGUAAAUCGUGCAAUUAUAAACUUAGUUCAACUUAACGAUUAAAAGUUUACAGAGAAUUUGAAAAAUCUUUUGAGGGUUGAGGUGAUUUUUCCAUGUCUUCAUGACAUUCAAGAUGCAUGUUACUAAUGACUUUACUUUCACAAAUGCAUCUGUAUAUAGUAAAGGGGCAGUCCUCCCAAACAUAUAUUUUUUAUUUUAGUUCAAAACUUAUGAAUAUCUAUCUUCAUUGGAACAAAAAAGGAGUAUCGUAAAUGUAGUAAAUACGAUGUUUCAAGUCUGAAUUAUAUGAUGGUUCCUUUGUGUAUCGUCAUUGAUGGUGAACUUAAGAGAAUUUUCUUUUUUGUAUGAACUAUUCUUGUAACAACUACCAUUAUGCACAACAAUCGUAAAUUUUAGAACUGUAUGUAAUAAGAUAUGCUUUAUGCCUUUAGUGAUCAUUGCAUGAAGCCAACAAUGCGGAUCGGCAAGUAGCGCUAAAAUGUAGCACUUUUUAUCGCAGAAAGCACAUUAACUUAUAGAAUAAUCAUGUAUACUAUUAUGAUUAUUCUAUAAUUAGAACUAGCAGGUGUUAUUCCUUAUAGUAUAUGCUUCUAUCACUGAACUGUCAUUUGAGAUGUGGACAGUUACUGCCCUUCCAUAGAUCUUAGAUAUUUCUUCCAGAGAACAACAAAUGGCUUUAUUCCAAAGGGAAAUCAGAGGAUCAUAUGAAUAUGUGCUUUGGAAACGUCAAGUCAAAACUGCUGUUUGUUUAUUUAUUCUGUGCAUCUCUCUUGACCUGUUUAGUAAAAGUUAACUAACAAAACAAUCGACCAUGAUUUGAUGUCGAUGCACUGUUCAUGAUUUUAGACUAGACGGUAUAUUUUUAGGACACUUUUUGCUUUGUAAAUAUUUGAAUGAUUCAGGAAUGUGUAACACUUCUUAAAUGUCUGAAAAUGUGCAACUUUUCUUGUAUUAGUUUUGUUUUGUUUUUGAGAAUGAUGAUUGCAUCGUCAGUUUUUAGAAUGUUUGUUCUCAUUCUUUUAUCUGUUUUGAAGGAAAAAACACUCAUGUUUAAAAGAUAUGUAGCUACUUUUGUAGAGAGACAGUGAAUGUUCUUAAUAAAUCUAUAAAGUUUUUGAAAUGGAAAA